AGUGAGAGGCUUGGCCCCGUCAAAGGGCUCCCUGAGAGCCCCCUCCUUCCUCCUCCUUAACAAGCUGGUCAGCAGCGCAGGGAUUAGGAAAGCCAGCUCCGCUCAGGAACUACAGACACACCGGGGAUUGAAAUAAGCGUGAAUCAUGCCCGUCGUCAUCUGUGUCGGCUGGGAGCGGAGCCGAAAUUGUGAAAGAUACGGAUAAUACCAGGAGGAGGAGGAGAGGUGGAAAGAGUCACGCUCCCAGGUCUCUUCCGUGUGGAAAAUGCCUCUUCAGGGACUCCGCUGCUGCCGCUCGGACCCGUCGCAUUAUGCCGCCCACCUCUCGUGUGUCUUAUUUUAAACAAGAAGAAGAAGAAGCAGCAGUGACCUGGAUAAUAAGCCCGAUAAGAGCCGCAUAAACAGGCAGAAAACGUAAGGGCGUGUGGGAUAUACUUCCAAUAAAUUGCGAGGGAUUUUCAUCGAGAGUUAACAAGAAAGAAAAAAAAGUUGUGCCCGCUUGCUGGUGUUUUACCAAAAAAUAAAAGAGGAGCAAACAUGGGAAACGCAGGGAGCAUUGACCAGCACACCGACCACCGACACAACAUGCCCCUGAAACUGCCCAUGCCAGAGCCGGGGGAGCUGGAGGAGAGGUUCGCACACGUUCUGAACUCAAUGAAUCUUCCUCCAGACAAGGCUCGACUGCUGCGACAAUAUGAUAAUGAAAAGAAAUGGGAACUAAUCUGCGAUCAGGAGCGAUUUCAAGUGAAGAACCCACCUCACACGUAUCUCCAGAAGCUAAGGAGCUAUCUAGACCCUGCAGUGACACGAAAGAAAUUCAGACGGCGGGUACAAGAAUCCACCCAAGUCCUGAGAGAACUGGAAAUUUCGUUGCGGACCAAUCAUAUAGGGUGGGUGAGGGAGUUCUUAAAUGAAGAGAACAAAGGCCUAGAUGUGCUGGUGGAGUACCUUUCAUUCGCGCAGUACGCUGUCACUUAUGAUGGUGACUGCUUGGAAAACAAUGCAGAUGUUAUGAUGGACAAGUCCAAGACCUGGAGUCGGUCUAUAGAGGACCUGCAUGGAGGGGGUACCCUGCCAGCCCACAUCACGGGGAACGGCAUCACUCGGGGCGGGCGGCAUUCCACGUUACGCUGCAGCACACUGCCGAGCAGGAGAACACUGAAAAACUCCAGACUUGUCUGUAAAAAGGACGACGUCCAUGUUUGCAUCAUGUGCCUACGUGCCAUCAUGAACUAUCAGUAUGGCUUCAACAUGGUCAUGUCACACCCACAUGCUGUGAAUGAAAUUGCACUAAGUCUCAACAAUAAAAAUCCACGAACCAAAGCUCUGGUGUUGGAGCUCCUGGCGGCAGUUUGUCUAGUGAGAGGAGGCCAUGAAAUUAUUCUCUCCGCCUUUGACAACUUCAAGGAGGUAUGUGUGGAGUCGCAGCGGUUUGAGAAGCUUAUGGAGUACUUCAAGAAUGAAGACAACAACAUUGACUUCAUGGUUGCAUGUAUGCAGUUCAUCAACAUUGUUGUGCACUCAGUGGAGGACAUGAACUUUAGAGUUCACCUACAGUACGACUUCACCAAGCUGGGCUUGGACGACUACUUGGAUAAACUGAAGCAUACAGAGAGCGAUAAGCUCCAGGUUCAGAUCCAGGCCUACUUGGAUAACGUGUUUGAUGUUGGAGCGCUGCUUGAGGAUGCAGAGACCAAAAAUGCUGCCCUGGAGCGAGUGGAGGAGCUGGAGGAGAACAUGUCGCAUAUGACAGAGAAGCUCCAGGACAUGGAGAAUGAAGCUAUGGCCAAGAUUGUGGAGCUGGAAAAACAGCUGAUGACGAGAAACAAGGAACUUGAAGCCAUCAAAGAAGUCUACAAAGACUCCACCUCUCAGAUUCACUCGCUGAGGCUGAUGCUUAAGGAGAAGGAUGAGGCCAUCCAGCGCCAGAGUAAGCUGGAGAAGAAGAUCCACGAGCUGGAAAAGCAGGGAACCAUUCGGAUCCAGAAGAAGGGAGAUGGAGACAUCUCAAUCUUGCCUUCUUUGCUGCCCGGUGUGGAGGGUCUGCCGGGUGCCAUGGUGGGGGCAAACGGGAUGGCUGCCUGUCAGAACAAUGCAGGAGUUGCAGGAGGCAUGUCUUCUGUACCUGCUCCACCUCCUCCGCCGCCAGUGAACGGGCAAUUGCCAAAUGGACCAUCGAUGGAAAUUCCCGCUGCAGCUGCCCCACCUCCACCGCCACCACCUCCCCCGCCACCGCCGCCCCCCGGGCUCCUGUCAGAGAUUUCUGCCCCUCUGCCUCCUCCACCUCCACCUAUGGCGCCCCCGCUUCCCGGAUGUGGGACGCCCACUGUGAUCAUGAAUUCAGGAUUGGCAGCUGUUAAGAUCAAGAAACCCAUCAAGACAAAGUUCCGCAUGCCUGUCUUCAACUGGGUAGCCCUGAAACCAAAUCAGAUCAACGGGACCGUCUUCAACGAGAUCGAUGACGAGAGGAUACUCGAGGACCUGAAUGUUGAUGAGUUUGAGGAGAUGUUUAAGACUAAAGCUCAGGGCCCAUCCAUUGACCUCACCAUGAACAAGCAGAAGGUCACUCACAAGGGACCCAACAAGGUGGCCCUGCUGGACUCCAACAGGGCAAAGAACCUGGCUAUCACACUGAGGAAAGUGGGCAAGACGACCGAGGAGAUCUGCAAGGCCAUUCAGCUAUUCGACCUGCGGACUCUGCCGGUAGAUUUUGUGGAGUGCUUGAUGCGCUUCCAGCCCACCGAGAACGAGGUCAAAAUCCUGCGACAGUUCGAGAAGGAGCGCAAGCCUCUGGAGAGCCUGACUGACGAGGACCGCUUCAUGAUGCAGUUCAGCAAGAUCGAGCGGCUCAUGCAGAAGAUGACCAUCAUGGCCUUCAUCGGAAACUUCAGCGAAAGCGUGCAGAUGCUCACGCCGCAACUUCAUGCCGUCAUUGCAGCGUCUGUGUCCAUCAAGUCAUCUCAGAAGUUAAAGAAGAUUUUAGAGAUUAUUUUGGCACUUGGAAACUACAUGAACAGCAGCAAAAGAGGAGCAGUGUAUGGAUUUAAGCUGCAGAGUUUAGAUUUGCUUCUUGAUACCAAGUCAACUGACCGGAAAAUGACCUUGCUGCACUACAUCGCCAACGUGGUCAAAGAGAAAUACCCACAAGUGUCUCUGUUCCACAAUGAGUUGCACUAUGUUGAAAAGGCAGCAGCAGUGUCGCUGGAGAAUGUCCUGCUGGACGUUAAGGAGCUGCAGAGAGGCAUAGAGCUGACCAGAAGAGAGUACAGCAUGCACGGUCACAACACCAUGCUGAAAGACUUCAUCACACACAACGAGAGCAAGCUGAAAAAGUUGCAGGAUGAUGCCAAAAUUGCACAGGACGCCUUUGAUGAGGCUGUGAAGUUCUUCGGAGAGAACUCCAAGACAACGCCUCCGUCUGUUUUCUUCCCAGUGUUUGUGCGAUUUGUGAAAGCCUACAGGCAAGCGGAGGAGGACAAUGAGCAGAAGAAGCGGCAGGAACAGCUCUUGAUGGAGAAACUUCUAGAACAGGAGGCUAUGAUGGAGGAAGACCAGAAGUCUCCCUCCCAUAAAAGCAAGCGGCAGCAGCAGGAGCUGAUCCAGGAGCUCAGGAGGAAGCAGGUGAAGGACAGCCGUCACGUCUACGAGGGCAAAGAUGGCGCCAUCGAGGACAUCAUCACGGUGCUGAAGACCGUGCCCUUUACCGCCCGCACAGCCAAGCGCGGGUCUCGGUUCUUCUGCGAGCCCGCUCUCAAUGAGGAGUACCAUUACUAAAGCUUGUAGAUCUCUGUCUCUUCUUAAAGGUUGCUGGAACAAAACGUUUCUUCUUUAUGUUCUUCCCCUCCUUGCAUGCCUCUUCACUCCUACCGACCCCCUCUUAACCGUUUACACUCCUACACUGUGGUCACUGUGGUUUCCCAGGGACACACACACACACACGCGCUCACCGAAGAUUGAGUGUGUGUUGUGUAGAUUUUCUUAUUUCUUAAGCAUGACGGUGUGUUUUGGGAACUGGUUUUCUCGGCCCACCUGCAUGAAACGUGACGUUAGUAUUUUUCAUCAUCAUUUUACCCACCACAGCAGACCAUAAUGUCACAGAAAGAUCAGCGUCCCAAGGAGUGAACGUUUCCCCUCAGUUAGCAUCACUCAGGUCAGGCUGUGUGCUGCCAUCUGGUGGCCAUCCAUCUAACAUGGCCUGCAUGUUGCGGCUCAGUUUGUCAUAUUCAGUACUACAUACAGUAUUCAUAUAUGUACACCUCGGGUAUGACUAAUAUUAUGACGUAUAAGUGCCUGUGGCAUUAUCACUUGCUUGUUUGUGUGUUCCAAUGUUUUAGUGAUAAAAUCAUUGUGUGUUAAUUUAUCACAUGUCAUCACCACUGUUUAUACAGUUUGUUGCAUGCUGUUUGCUUUAACCUUGCUGCUUUCCCACAAUGCACUCUUGCUCUUGUAGUUAGCAUGCGCUUGCUCCUGACGGCUCACUCUUCAGUCAGGAAGUUUCUGUGCUCUUACUGUGCCUUGCAAAAGUAUUUUAAUUCAUUUCAUUUAAGUGUACUUUUUUACAUUACAACCACAAACUUGAGUUGUACUCUGGGGGGAUUUUAUGGGAUAGACUUGCACUAAGUAGAAUACAAUUUUGAAGUGGAAUAAAAAUAACAGAUUUACUUUUAUUUUUUCUUUAUAAGUAAAGCCUGAAAUGUGUGGUGUGCAUAUAUAUUCAGUCCUCUAUACUCUAACCCUAUAAAGACUCCAGUUAUGCUAUUCACACAUUUUUCUUUUGUUGAAGAUUAAGAACAAAGAAAUUAUUGAAAGCAACCCAUAAGAAAUGGGCUACAGCCAAGAACAUGGCAAAAAUAUGGAAGGCAGUGCUCUGGUCAUGUGACAUAAAUAUAACAUUUUGGUUGGUAUGGAAAAAUAACCCUGCAUAUUGUCCUUAACAAUAUGAAAUAUGCUAUUUAUUGUCAAAGGCAUCAGAGUCAGAGGAGGAGGAGUACCAUAAGAAGAAGAAGCGGCCUAUAUAGGAAACCUGUAUAGGCAGCGUAUGGCUAGCUGCCCGUGACAGCGGCUAGCCAUACGUGCUGAUCUUGUAAUGGCUCCCCAAACAAAAAACUGUUGUCCAGGCAACUUGGACACACCAGGAUAGUCGAGGGCACUAUGAGGAAAAUUAUCCUCACAUUGAGGCUGGCACCUCCAUGUUCCACCAGUAGGAUUGUGAGUUUUGCUGUCUUGGCUAAGCCUGUUGAGAUACAAAAAUUUAGCUGGAUGACAAAUUGUCCCAAUAAUUAUUUACGAUUUAUGAUAAUAUUGUUUUGAGACCAUUUUUAAGUGAAAUAUUGAUAGUAGCAUAAUAAUGCAAGUUUGUCCUCUCACAGACCAAUUAACUUUAGUUUUGUAAAGAACGCUUAAUCCUGGAACUGGAAGAUGUUUUAAAUAUCCAAGAUCCAACACAACCAGAAACGAUAAAUAAAACAGAGAUCAAUUCUACACACAACGGAGACCAUAAAUAAAAUUAUGAUAUCUCUGUAAACAAAAUUCCCCUUCAAAAAAUUAUUAGUUAUCAUAAUGAAAAUGAUUGUGAUCAUUUUAAUUAACAUAUGAUUCAUUCAUUAUUUCCUUAUUGCAACAAGCUUAGUCUUUGCAAAUUGGCUAAAUAGUUACUUUUUUGUCAUUUCUGACCAAGGCAGUGUCUUCUAGAUGUUUGUUUUGUUUUCUUUUUUAUGCUAAAUGGCUUGUGGUGAACUACUAAUAGGAUUUGCAUUGUGGGUUCCACUUCACUACUUUUUGUUAGCUUAUUGCAAAAAAUCCCAAUAUAAUAAAGUUUGUGGUUGUAAUGAGAAAAUGUUGAUAUACAUUUGGAUGGAAAGACUUUUGUAAGACGCUGUAUAUUCUGCAUGCUGUCUUGGUAAAACUGUGUGCACCAACUCUCCUGGAACCAUGUUCUGUGCUGCAUAACGCUGUUAGUGAGUGUAUGCUUGGCUGCGUGCAUGCUUUGGUUGGUUUUGGUGCUGGUUCUGCUGAAUAUAACAACAACUGGCCUGUAUGUUUGGAACCAUUCCUUGUUGUUUACAGUCGCUCCUAACUGGAAGUUUGAAAUGGGCUUGUCUCCUUAUACGCUGGUAGCCACUUUGCUAAAGCAGUUUGGGUCUAGUAACAGAAAUGAAACAAGCUUCCAUCAUCCUGUGCAGUUGAACCAGUUAACAUCCUCCAGCUCUGUCCUCUCUGAGCCUCUCCUCCUGCAGCCUCUCUGCCUUGCUCCAGCAGUUUGCAAAGCCAAAGCGAACAUGUCGAGCUGACAUGCACCAGUCAGCCCACGUCUUCCUUUUAUUUUUAACCUUCAUUUUGUCUUUUCUUCAUCCAGAACUAAAGAAGAAUAAUAUUACUAAAUUUCCAAAUGUCUACUUGAGGGUAAGGAAGUCCUCCAGUAGCACCCCUGUAGUGGUGGAUGUGUCCC